ACACACACGCGCGCACGCACACACACAUCCCUCCUAUCUUGUAUUUUUUCCCAUUUUUUCUUUUUUACCCCCCACUACCUCGCCAUUUGAAAUGAGGAGGAGAAAGGGAAAGCACAAGCAGCGGCAGCACCAGCAGCGAGGAGAGGAGAGGGGGGAGUGAUGAGUCAAUACAACUAAUAAUUUAAUGGGGACAGAGAGGGAGAGACGGAGUGAGAGGGGGAGAGAAAGAGAGGGAGAUAGAAAGAAAGAGGAGCUCCGUCCGGACGCCAAUCCCCAACCAACAGGACACCUCCUACUAUUACUAUCGCAUGCAGCUCUCUUAUGCAUCCACAGCAAGCCUUAUUUAUGCUCGACAUCGGAAAGUAUAUCGCACUUUUUGACCCCCCUCUCCUUGUUGUAUUUGCGAACCUGUUUCGACUGUCCGCAUAUCGUCUCGCCUCCAACGCGAUAGCAAGAACACACUGUCGGUUAUUAGUGAUAUUUUUCUCAGUUAGCUGGUAGUCAAAUCUAGCUGAGCGGACGUUGAUGUUUUUUUUUGUGUACGUUUAGUCUCCUAUAUAUACACAGAUAAGGGUUUACUGGGUCUCGGCAGCGGGUAUUAUCAUUACAACUGUGUCCGAGGUGCUUGGUUUUCCACUGGAGGCUGCUAACUGUACUGUGCCGAUGUAGCGAUGUGGAUGUUGUGGUGCGAACUAAAGCUGAAGUCGCCUUCACUUUGUGCUAAAUGUCGCCGGUUGUAGCGGUUUCUGUUGCCGUUUUUCUCCUCCAGUUGAACGGAAUCAGCUAAUGGACAACACACAUUCACACACAUAACCGCUUACCAAUGUUCGCCUAUCACGGUCCAUCUCGACCUCGUCGUCUCUCGCACAGACCCGGGUUGUUGUUUUUUCACACCGCCUGUCAGUCCUCCGCGAAGAAGAGCAGGAGAAAGCGUCUUUUUAAACACUGAGUAUUUUUACAAGCGUUUGCUGUCAUGCACACGUAGGGAGAGAGAGGGAGAGAUAACGAGACCGGGAAGCAGGAGUUGUUCUUUUUUUUUCUUUUCUACCCUGGCCAAACUUGAAGAAGACGUGUUUCCCAGGCGGUGUUAUAUGCUUCCCAGUGCUGAAGAAGUGCUGCGUUUCAGGUGAUAGUGAGCAGAGGUGCUGAGAAUGAUGGACCAUCUCAGCGAGGCGUGUUUGGGGAAGGAGAACUCUGACCUGAUGAACAGCAUGGCCGAGGCCAAGGCCCCGCCGGCCAAGCUGCCCCGGCUGGAGCAGAACGGCAGCCCCCUGGGCCGGGCCCGGCUGGGCAGCACAGGGGCCAAACUCGCUGGGGUCCCGUACAAACCCACCGGGCACCUGCUGAAGACCUGCCACAAGAGAGGCAACAUGCUGCCUGUGUUCUGUGUGGUGGAGCACUAUGAGAAUCCCAUGGAUUUUGACAGCAAGGAGGAGCAUGCUGAGUUCGUCCUGGUGCGUAAGGACAUGCUCUUCAACCAGCUCAUCGAGAUGGCCCUGCUGUCGCUGGGCUACUCUCACAGCUCAGCGGCCCAGGCCAAAGGUAUGAUUCAGGUGGGGAAAUGGAACCCCGUCCCCCUGUCAUACGUGACAGAUGCACCGGACGCUACGGUGGCCGACAUGCUGCAGGACGUCUACCACGUGGUCACGCUCAAGAUCCAGCUGCACAGUUGUCCUAAGCUGGAGGACCUGCCGCCUGAGCAAUGGAGCCACUCUACAGUAAGAAACGCCCUCAAGGAGUUACUCAAAGACAUGAAUCAGAGCUCUCUGGCUAAAGAAUGUCCCUUAUCACAGAGUAUGAUUUCCUCCAUUGUGAACAGCACUUACUAUGCAAAUGUGUCGGCGGCAAAGUGUCAGGAAUUUGGGCGCUGGUAUAAACAUUUCAAGAAGACAAAAGAUAUGAUGGGCAUGCGCCAACCCUCCCAGCUGGAGGGCUACCUGGGGACGUGUGUCCUCCGUGAGAGCCCGCGUGCCAAUGCAUUAGCAGAAAUGGAUGGCCUCUCCGACCUCUCUCCACCCGGCUCCAAUCACAGCCACAACCACAACCACAACCACAAUCACCUGGGCUUCUCCCAGCAGCAACAGCCUAUCCCCGGCAGCACAGCAGAGCAGACGCCAUCUUCGCCGGUACCCCCGAUGGCCCACGCUCCCCCGCCACACAGUGGGCAGAACGGCGGCCGACAGCCCCAGCUCCCCGGUCUGCACCAUCCGGGCCUGGUGUCCACGCCCAUCAGCCCCCAGCUGGUCAACCAGCAGCUUGUGAUGGCACAGAUCCUCAACCAGCAGUACGCGGUGAACCGGCUGUUGGCGCAGCAGUCCCUGUCGCAGCAGUACCUUAACCACCCACCUGUCAACCGCAACUCACACAACAAGCCCAUGGAGCCACAGGUUGCAUCAAACACAGAGGUGUCCAUGGAGAUUUACCAGUGGGUGAGGGACGAGCUGAAGCGGGCCGGCAUCUCACAGGCCGUCUUCGCCCGUGUGGCCUUCAACAGAACCCAGGGCUUGCUGUCUGAGAUUCUACGCAAAGAGGAAGAUCCUAAAACAGCGUCCCAGUCACUGCUGGUCAACCUGCGCGCCAUGCAGAACUUCUUGCAGCUGCCGGAGGUUGAGCGGGAUCGCAUCUAUCAGGAGGAGAGGGAGCGCAGCCUUACCGCCGCCUCAGCGAUGGGCGCCCCUCCACUCAUCAGCACCCCACCCAUCAGACCUGUACAGCCCCGGAGGGAAGACUGUAACAGCAUAAGGCCCGAGGACUGGAAUCCCCGAAUCCCCGUGGGCCUUUCCCCUGUGAAACCGUCGCCGAUGCCCAGCGAGUGGAACGGCAAAACAGAGAGCUGCAUCCUCAACAUCAACUCCACUAUCUACGACGAGAUCCAGCAGGAGAUGAAGAGGGCCAAAGUUUCCCAGGCCCUGUUCGCAAAGGUGGCAGCGUCCAAGAGCCAGGGCUGGCUCUGUGAGCUGCUGCGCUGGAAGGAGGAUCCGUCCCCGGAGAACAGGACGCUCUGGGAGAACCUCUCCAUGAUCCGCCGCUUCCUGAGCCUCUGCCAGGCCGAACGGGACGCUAUCUACGAGCAGGAGAGCAGCGCCGGGCAGCAGCAGCAGCAGCACCACAACGAGCGGCCCAUGCACCUGACGCACAUCUCCCCUGAGCAGCUACAGGCUCAGCUCCCUCACUCCCAGCAGCAACACCAGCCCUCCCUUCAGCACCCCUGCCAACCCCUUUUGUCCCAGCAGCCCUUGCAGCUAUUGCAGCCCUGCACCGGCCCCAGGUUGCCGCCGCGCCAGCCCUCCACCGCCUCUCCAGCCGAGAUGGAGGACGAGGUCAGCCGCGGGGGGAUCAUCAAGUCCCGCACGUGUGGAGGGAAGAUCUCCCUGGAGGCGCUGGGCAUCCUGCAGAGCUUCAUCCAGGACGUGGGCCUGUACCCUGACGAGGAGGCCAUCCACACCCUGUCGGCCCAGCUGGACCUGCCCAAGCUCACCAUCAUCAAGUUCUUCCAGAGCCAGCGUUUCUAUAUCAAUCACCCAGCCAAGGCGCCCAAGGAGCCCGGCAACAACAUCAACAGCACCGCAGCAACCACCAACACCACCAGCAGCAGCAGCAGCAGCAGCAGCAGCCCGGCCUUCGAGGAGGAGCUGACGGACUUCAGGGAGAGCGGAGAGCUGCUGAAGGAGCUGGAGGACAGCACGCAGACCAACAGCACCAUCUUCUCCAUCAAGAUCGAGGAGCAGCUGGCCCGAGGCGCAGAGGCCCAGGCAGAGUCAGAGCACGAGGCCAAGGAGUAGCACAUUCCGCGCCUGAACACACACUGAGUGUCCCUGCACACACAGACUGAUGACUGUGCAAGAAGUGACGCUCUGACUCAGAACCACCGCACUGCAAAUAAAGAAAAGUAGUGUUUUUAAUCAGCCUGGACUGAGUGUUUAGAUAUAUCCGCUGCAGACUGACAGGCUACGUGAAGUGAGCAUCCACACACUGGAAAAGCCCAUUUCAGACUCAAGUACUACUUUUUGGAUUUUGUAAAACUUGUAUUAUUAUCACUGUAAAGACUGAUGCAUCAUUUAAAUAAUCUGCAGAAAAAAAAUAUUCUAAGUAUGUUGCCGUGGAUAUUUGCUGACUGCACUCUGUGUCUGUUGUUUUACACUGACCUACUUUAUCUUUUUGAGCUACUGAUUAUAUUUAAAAAGAAAAAAAAAAAGUCCCCCUGGAGUUUGCUAGGACUUUGAUAGGUGUUUACGUAUGUGAUGUUUAACUGGAUCUUAAAAGAAAAAAAAAAAAAGCUAAUGAAUUCAAGGACCAAGAGGUUGACAAGGCCUUACAUUUGAGGUAUCAAGUCUGGAGCCUGCUGGCGGAUCAGUUAUUAUUUUAAAAUUUUAAUUAUGAAUCACUCCAAACUCUGGAACGGGAUCACCCAGCCCAGGUGAAUCUACGAGAAUUGCUCAGUCUUUACAUAUUAUUUGUUAGGGAGGAAAUAUAAAUAUAUAUAUAUAGACAUUAUAUUGUAACUGUAAAAAAAGAUACAGUCUUAAAGAAACUAUGCCAACAAAUGCCUUGUACUAUACGGCACUGCCGAUGUUAGAUUAUUUUGCAAAACCUUUGUCACUGUAACUCUCUGACUUUCCACACAGUUAGAAAUGUGAAUUACACCAUGUUUAUGUUGUCUGACAUUAUUUAUUUGCAGUUCAUGCAGUGUUUCUGAUGUAAUUACUUUUUCUUUUCUUUUUUAAGUUUAUGUUACGUAGAGCUUUUUUAAAAUUCCACCAAUCUGUUUUCUAUUUAUAAAUGUGAUUUCGAUGGGCAGUAAAAACAAAAAGUGUCUUAAACGUUUUAAAUGGAGAAAUGUGCUUUAAAGGUUGCCUAUAAAAAGUGCUGUAUGUCAAGCAACUCAUGCUACAAGCUUCACAAUUAAUGUUGUAUGCAAUUUUUACUAUCAUGCAAAUAAGCUUAGGUAAAAUGACUAACCUAUAGAACACCUUAGAGAGAAAAACAUAUGCAAUCUGUGUGAAAAUCGAUGUCUGCGAUGUGUCUUCCUUUGGUUAACAAUCCAAUUCAAAAAGCUAUUCCUGUAUAAAUAUCCUGUAUAAAAGUGUUUCUUUUUUAUGAGUUGAUUUCAAUGAGAACACCAGUUAUUUUGUUACGACUGACUGUUUUAUAAGUGUUUCUCGGUUCCUUUCUGCAGAAAUGUUCUAGAAGUGGUUAUUGAUUGUUAAUUACACAAUUAAACUGUUUGUAUUGUACCACAGAUUUCUUGCCAUUAACUUGACUUUUGACACCAGAGUUGGAUAUUCCUCUCUGCAAACAAAAGAUGAAACAAUGUGAAUUGUUUUUAAAUCAACUGCUAAGAGAAAUCAACUCCAGUUACUGUCUCGUUCAGCUGCAGUCACUGAACACGUUAUUUGUAAUAACUGUAAAUAUCACAUCUUAUGGAAUCAUUGAUUGUUUAUUAUUGUAAAUAUAUUUGAAGUUUGUGCAAGAGCUCACCGUACAAAAUUGAAAUCAACGUUUUGUCGUGCCUCUUCCUCUCAAACCGACUGUACCUGGGCUCUUCUACUGCUGAGUGUAUCUGAAGCACCUGUGAAAUCUGAAAUAAAUAAAUGUUAGGUGUGAACACCUGUAAUAGCAAAGCCCUCUGCAGGGAGCUAAGAUAGAAAAACAGCCCAGGUGUUCUGACCUCGCCGUGAACCCCAGGUGAGGCCAGGUGUCUGCACCUUUAGGAUAUUACCGUCACCUGUUAACACCCUGCGAUAUGUGCCAGCCAGUCUGCGCUGGCGUUCCCUUGAUGUUCUGCUCAUCUUUUUUCAUGAAUAAAAAGCCAGAGUGUAA